GAAAAAUUCCAAAAGAGAAGCAAGUCCAUCAACAUCAGCUGCAUAUUGCGCGCGAAGAUCAUCAGUUAAGGAAGGAGCAAGCAAAAAGGGAAAGCGAAAAGAGAACGAGAGGGAGUUCAUUGCGGAACCGAUCUUCAUGUCAUUCUCGUUCUUUAAGGCGAGGCCUAAAACGCCACAGGAGGUGGCCAGGUCUAUCAAGGACAGUCUUAAUGCCCUCGAUACCAAGACUGUUGUUGAAGUUAAAGCUCUCGAGAAGGCUUUAGAGGAAGUUGAGAAGAACUUUGCGACAAUGAGGUGCAUGCUUUCUGGAGAUGGGGAAUCAGAACCAAACAUGGAUCAGGUUACCCAGCUUGUAGAUGAAGUUUGCAAAGAGGAUGUUAUUGAUCUUCUAAUUCACAAGCUGCCAACUCUGGGAUGGGAAGCAAGAAAAGAUUUAGUCCAUUGCUGGUCCAUAUUGUUGAAACAUAAGGUUGAUUCCAAAUACUGUUGUGUAGAAUACCUUGAACAACACGCUGAGUUGCUAGACUUUCUUGUGGUAUGCAGCUAUGACAACAAGGAAAUUGCGUUGACCUGUGGACUGAUGUUGCGGGAAUGUGCCAAAUUUCCGACACUUACCAGAUACAUAUUGGAGUCUGCAAGCUUCGUACUGUUCUUUAAAUUUGUUGAGUUGCCUACCUUUGAUGUUGCUUCUGAUGCUUUUUCUACUCUUAAGGAUCUUCUUACUAGACAUCAAAAAGUGGUCUCUGAAUUUUUGACGGCUCAUUAUGAUGAGGACUUCUUGUUCCAGUUCUUUGAUUUAUAUGAGAAACUGUUGACAUCUCCUAAUUAUGUCACAAGGAGGCAGUCUUUAAAGCUUCUCUCAGACUUUCUUUUGGAGGCUCCAAAUUCCCACGUAAUGAAACGCUACAUCUUAGAAGUCCGUUACCUGAAAGUCAUGAUGACAUUGUUGAGGGACUCGAGUAAAAACAUUCAGUUAUCUGCUUUCCACAUUUUCAAGGUUUUUGUUGCUAAUCCUAAUAAACCACGAGAAGUAAAAAUUAUAUUGUCAAAGAACCGGGAGAAGCUACUGGAAUUGCUGCGUGAUCUGUCCCCUGGAAAAGGUUCAGAAGAUGAGCAAUUUGAGGAGGAAAAGGAGCUCAUCAUGAAGGAAAUCGAAAGAGUAUCUUGCUGAAUUAUUCUUUGAUCUGCCUCCUGGCCACCUACAUUUGUUUUUUCUUUUAUCCUGGUCAAUUUGAUGUGACUGACUUCAUAUUGCUGCCUGUGAUCGGCUAAUAUGUUUAAAUAGUCCAAAAGUUUUUCAGUGGUCAAGGUAAAUAUUAAAAAAAAAGAAAAAGAGCAUGUAUUUUUGUGAUAUGUAAACUGUUAUAGAAGCAUUAAUGAGGCCAUUUCAAAUACUUUUGUUUUCCUCGGUA